AUGAGCAAGCCGCUCUCCUUUGGGCUCAACCUCACAAAGAAGCCCAGCCAGACAAAGAAGACGGCACCGCCGAGGCGGAAACCCAUGUUCGGCGCAGAUGACGACUCAGAUGAUGACGGCGCAAGCGGUGACAAGGACGGCGGUGCGGCGCAGAUACAGGAGGUAGGGGGCGACGACCUCGACGACGUUGUCACAACAGCAGUGCCUCAAGAACCAGCAUUGUCGUCACGCCGGCCAUGCAAACCAAAGUCGUCGGCACCAUCCCAGCCUCCGAAGUCGAAAGCCAAGGGGCAGCCGAACCUCAUGUUUGGUGACCUGUCGAGCUCGCUGACGUCGCGCAAGAACGCCGAGGCAGCGGCCAAGGUCGACGCCAGCGUCUAUGAGUACGACAAUGUCUACGACUCACUCAAGCCCAAGAAGCCCACGGCGCAGGCGGACAAGGACCGACGGCCAAGAUACAUGCGCGGCCUGCUGGACGCGGCCGAGGUGCGCAAGCGCGACGCGCUCAUCGCUGAGGAGAAGAAGAUUGCGCGUGACCGCGAAGCCGAGGGGGAGGAGUUCCAGGACAAGGAGAAGUUCGUCACCGAGGCGUACCGCAAGCAACAGGAGGAGAAUAAGCGACUGGAAGAGGAAGAGAAGAAGAGGGAGGAAGCCGAGACCAAAAAAAACCAAGCCGGCGGCAUGUCGGGCUUCUACAGGAACCUUCUCAACAAGGACGAGCAGAGGCAUUCCGAGGCCGUCAAGGCUGCCGAGGAAGCUGCUGCCAACGGCGGCAAACACGACAGCAAUAAGGACGAUGAAGAGGCAGCACCACCAGAGCACAACGAGGAGACGAGGCGUGUCAACGAACUCAAGGAAAAGGGCGCUGACAUUGCCAUCAACGAAGAAGGUCAGGUGGUGGACAAGCGCCAGCUCCUGAGGGGAGGUCUCAACCUGAGCGCAAAGCGCAAAGACCCGGGUGCCCAGAAGGACUCGAGUACGCGUCCACCGGAUAUCAGGGAGCGCAAGCCGGCAGCGGGAGGGCCCAACGUUGGAAGCAAACAGGCUAUGAGGGAGAGACAGUCGCGCAUGCUUGCCGAGCAGCUCGAGCAAUCAACUAAGCGGUCGAGAGAGGAAGCCGAUGCUCAACGGGAAGAGGCGGAGCGUGCAGCCAAGAGUCGCAAGACUGAAGGCGAGAUCAUGAGUGCCAAGGAGCGCUAUCUUGCCAGGAAGAGGGCUGCCGAAGAGGAGAAGAAGAAGGCUCGAUGA